AUGUCGGAAAAAGCUCCCUUAGACUGGAAAACGGCAAUAAUUCGUCCGGUUUUCGAAAAAGGCGAUAAGUUUGAUGCUUCUAAUUACCGGCCUGUCACUUUAAUAUCUCUUGUGGUCAAGCUCAUUCCACGCGAACAACACGGAUUCUUGCCCGGUAGAUCUGUUCAGUCAAACCUCUUGUGCUACAUGUCCGACUGGACAAAAGAUGCAGAUUCGGAACGACCGUUGGAUAACGUAUAUUUUGAUUUCUCGAAGAUGUUCGACAGAGUUCCGAAAGGCCGACUCUUACAUAAAUUGGACCAUCUUCGACUACGCGGUAAUUUGCAUCCAUGGAUUGAUUCACUCCUAAGUGACCGAACCUUUAGAGUGAAGACUGGAGACGCUCUCAGUAGAUCAAUUGAUGUUCUGAGUGAAGUGCCUCAGGGGUCCGUACUGGACGACAUCAAGCUCUACAACGUCUGCGACAAUUUUUCAUCCUUAUCACCUGACCGUCGUUCGUUUUACAAAUGGUUUCAAGUUUGGUUAUUGCUCAUAAACUUAGACAAAUGCGUUACUUUGCAUCUUGGUAAAGGAAAUCCCCGACACGUGUGUAGUAUCGAAAGGUACAGGCUUGCCACCACUGAAUGCCAUAUGGAUUUGGGUGUUCACGUUUGCUCCAGCCUCCUUUGGUCUGACCAUAUCUUGCAGCUUUACAAAACGUACGUUAGACCCAUCCCGGAAUUUGCCAACGAAGUCUUAAGUCUCGUCCUCCAAAGAGAUAUUUUCCUCUUGGAGGCUGUACAACGUAGUACAACUAGGAUUCCAUUCGACAAAAAUCGAAGAUCAUACCCCGAUAGGCUGAAACAAAUCAAUCUAUGCUCUAUCGCUGAAAGACGUAAAAAAGGCGACCUUAUAUACCAGGCGUUGAGCAACGAUCUUUCACCAAUUAAAUGCCUAUUUCCACCGAACACAUCUGAUUGCACAAGAGGUCAUCCACUUAAACUACUUAAAGACAAAUUUCGCACCACUCGGGAAGUGGGCUUCAAAACCGAAUAUGACAAAGAUUGUUCUAAAACUUAG